UGCCAGUGACCCUGAUUGUGGGUUUGACUCAAAAGUCUCUUAUAAAAUAGCUGACGGCAUGGGUUACACAAAGCCGUCGGAGUUUAAAGUUGAAAGUGCUAGUGGAAGAAUUUGUAUAGCAAAGAGCCUGGACUAUGAGAAAAAAUCAGUGUUUGAAUUUCCAAUUAAGGCAAUUGAUGGAGAUGGAUUCUAUAUGACAGCCAUUGUAAAGAUAUUUAUUCAGGACAUUAAUGACAACAUACCAGAGUUUUAUCCCGUACAAUAUAACACAAACCUCGACAAGGAUACCCCACCUGGUACAACCGUCAUUACUGUGCAGGCCACUGACAAAGACACAGCCAAACCUUACGGAGAAGUUGGCUACAGCUUUCUUUCUGGCAAUGAAGCCAGUUAUUUUCACAUAUACCCCAGAAGUGGUGUCAUUAUACUUGCAAAGCGCCUCUCUAUGGCACCAAGAUCUUUCACUCUAAAGAUUACUGCAGUCGAUGGAGAAGGCCUGCGGUCACUUCAGCCAGCUGUAGUGACGGUCAGCAUUCCAGACCGAAAUGUGCCUGUACCAAUCUUUACACUUAACAAAUAUAGCUUUUCUGUGUCGGAAGCGAAAGGCAGAGGGACGGAGGUUGGCCAGGUCCAUGCCUCCAUUUCAAGUUCUGCUCAUGCUAUUUUGUACUCCAUUGUAUCCGGAGAUCGAUUAAAUCUGUUUCGCAUCAAUUCCACUAGUGGGAUGAUAUCUGUUGCUAACCCACUCGACCAUGACACUUUGCCUAGUGUCCUGUUGAAUAUCCAGGCUGCUUCUGGGAAUCCAGCUGUCUUUGGAACAACCCAGGUAAACAUUACAAUCACAGACAUCAAUGAUAACGCCCCUAGAUUCAUCGCUUCCAAUUUAACAAUAUCUGUCCGUGAAGACAAAUCUACAACACAACCAUUUUAUACAGUCCUCGCUCAUGAUCUUGACAGUGACUUGAACGGUCAAAUUACGUACAGGUUAUAUAACGAUAUGAAUGGCUUAUUUUGGGUCGACUCCAAGCAGGGUCAUUUGUGGAUUCGCCGUGAACUAGAUUACGAACGUAAAAAGAAUUACACAUUAGAAAUCUCUGCAAGAGAUCAUGGGAUUCCAUCUCUUUACACAAAUCUCAGUGUUUUUAUUCAGGUUUUAGACAUAAACGACAACAGACCGUAUUUUGAUAAAAAACUUUAUGAGCGGAAUGUUACAGAGACUACAUUCGAUGCAAAAGGGUUCGGAAGCGUAUUGGCAUCAGACAAGGAUUCCGGUGCCAAUGGCCUAAUAACGUACCAUCUCAAGGAAACGGCUCAAUCUAAGAAAUUUGGUAUUUACCCCAAUGACAGUGUUUUGUAUGUUCGUGAAGAACUUGACCGUGAACUGAAAGAUGUCUACUUCCUAACUGUAAUUGCAGUCGACAACGGAGCUCCUUCGCUGACCGCCAGUACAAACGUCAGGGUGACAGUCCUCGAUGCUAAUGACAAUAGCCCUAUAUUUACAAGGGAUGUAUAUAAUUUUAAUGUUGUUGAGAACAAAAGCAUCAGAAGUUUAGUUGGAGUUGUCUCCGCCACUGACCAAGACAUCGGGCCAAAUGCUCGUCUGAAUUACUCAAUUAGAGGUCACACAUCAGAGUUUGCAAUCAACCCGUCUUCAGGUGAAAUCUCCCUCUGGCACACUCUUGACCACGAGACCAGAACACAUUACAAUUUUACUGUUACAGUUAAUGAUAAAGGAAAACCUUCACGCAGCAGCUCAGCUAUCGUCCAGAUUAAUGUAUUAGAUGUCAAUGACAAUGCCCCACGGUUUCUCUCUAAAAGCAGUGUAUCUGUAGCUGAGAACAUGGCUAAAGGAACUCCAGUAUUACAAGUUUUGGCAACGGACCCAGAUGCACGAGAAAAUGGAAUUAUUUGCUAUUAUUUUGAUGCAGGGCAAGACGCAAGUACUCUUGCUAAAUUUGCCAUCCACCCCAAAAAUGGUCAGAUCACCACACGCGAAGUGUUAGAUUACGAAAGCCAUCAGGAGUAUGUUUUAUCUGUUGUGGCACGAGACAAUGGUAACCCACCCAAAGAGAAUUAUCAAGAAAUUACUGUGUCCGUGAUUGAUGACACGGAAGAAAAACCCCUUUUCCCCGCCAGGAAUAUUUCAUUCAGUAUCCCAGAGAAUGUCCCUAUCCGCACUUUGGUUGGCGUCAUUGACAAACAGAACGGAAAUGAUGGUCUGCAUAAAUUUUACUUGACUGGAGGCAAUAUCUUCGGUGCUUUUACUGUCAGUGUUGAUAGUGGUACAAUUUAUACAAUUCGAGAGAUUGACUAUGAAGAAUCAUCUACCCAUAUUCUCGGUAUUAAAGUAGUUUAUAAUGGUCCCUAUAGUGUUGAGAGCACCAACCUUACCGUCAUAAUCCAUGUGGUUGACAUCAAUGAUAAUGCCCCAAAAUUUAACAGUGACCCAGUAAAACUAUCUGUCCCAGAAAACACACCCAUUGGAACAUCCCUUUAUACAUUCGUCGCCACAGAUUUGGACUCUGAAUCCAACGGAAGUAUUGUUUAUCGCAUUGAGCAGCUUAAUGAGGAUUUGGAUCGGCAGAUGUUCAGCAUCGACUCCAGAUCUGGUGAGCUGACAGUCAAUGAAAUGAUAGACUAUGAGAAGAUUCACUCAGUAUCCCUGGUACUAAUAGCUCAAGAUCUAUCCCCCAAUGUCCCCUCUCGUCUUUCCUCCAGUAUUACCGUGCUCAUUUCAGUCCUCGACGAGAAUGACAACGUACCUCAGAUUGCAAGUGCAAUGCGGAUCACCGUGAGUGAAGAAGAAACUGUAGGGUUUCCCCUCACUCAGCUGAUUGCUGUAGAUGCUGAUUCAACCCACACAGGCAACGGUAUUGUUACUUACAAUAUUAUCGCAGGUAACACAAAUGAAGUCUUCCGGCUAAAUGCAAACAAUGGUUUGCUGACUUUAGCAAAGAAACUCGACAGAGAGAAUGAGGAACGGUACGAGCUGAACAUCACAGCGCAGGACCAAGGUAUUCCUCAGCAAAUCUCUUACACUUUGUUAACUAUUGAAGUUGAGGACUCUAAUGACAACACACCAAAGUUUAAACAUUCAAUUUAUUACACGGAGGUUUUGGAAAAUGCCAGAAUUAACACAACAGUUGUUCAGAUUGAAGCUUACGAUCUGGAUGCUGGUGCUAAUGGCCAAAUUAAAUACUUAAUCCCCGAAGGAACUGCGAACAAUAUGUUUAGUAUCAACCCACUUUCUGGAAUAAUCCAAACAAGAGCGACCCUCGACAGAGAACAGAAAAUGUCUUACUUAAUUAUUGCUUAUGCGGUAGAUGAUGGUUACCCGAUGCGCUAUGACACCGCAACCGUGAUGAUAAGUGUCACAGAUGUCAAUGACCACAACCCAAUGUUCAAGUUGCCCUCCUAUCAUAUUGUCCUGUCUGAGAACCAGAGAUACGAUGUCAUCCGCACCUUCGUUGCCUAUGACUCUGACCAAGACAUGAAUGGAAAAGUCACUUACAGAAUAGCCAAUGGCAACGUGGACAAUAUUUUCUCUGUUGACCCUGAGACAGGAGCUCUGUCCUGUCGCCCCUUAGACCGUGAGAUGGUCUCUUUCUACAAUCUCACCCUGGUAGCUGAAGACGGUGGCAGCCCAUCCCGUACUGGUCGCACCCACAUCCUCGUCACCGUGAAGGACAUGAACGACAACGUGCCGAUAUUCCGGUGGUCCGAGUACAGCCGCAUGCUGCCUGAGGACAUCGGUAUGGGCACCUACGUGAUGCAAGUGAACGCUACAGAUGCUGACGAAGGACCAAACCAGAACAUCACCUACGCCCUUGCAAACGACACAUCAGGUCUGUUCUCCUUGAACAGCACUACCGGCAUUAUUCACACAAUAGGAUACUUUGAUCGUGAAAAAAGAAGCGUCUACAAUUUUGUGGUUGUUGCUACUGAUGGCAGCCUUUAUGAGAAUCCCCACACUGCCAGAGUACCUGUUGAAGUAUUAAUAGAUGACGUGAAUGACAACAGACCGGCUUUCCCGACAGAACCAUUCCGCAAAACGGUAUCGGACAACGUCGGGGCUGACCAGUCUAUUUUCAACGUCGAAGCUACGGACAACGACAUAGGUCGCAACCAAGUGAUAAGUUACACGUUUGGUCCAAUGUCAGAUCCAUCUAGCCAGGAUCUCUUUCGGAUUAGCUCCAACUCUGGAGUUAUUCGCACAAAGCGACGUCUUAGCAAGAAGGAUACCAAUCGUUACUUUUUACAAGUUAUUGCCACAGAUAACGGAGGUCCCCGCCUUAGUUCUGCCGCGGUAUUGGAGAUCACUGUCGGCCUUCCAGGACUAGAUAACAAUUUACACUUUGUGAAAAAGACAUAUUACACACCAGUAGAAGAAAACAGCAGAAAAGGCCUUUCAAUCCAGAAUAUUACUGCCACUUACAAGAAACAAGUUGACUCUUCUGUUAAUUACUACUUCAUUAGUGGUAACGAGGAUGUGAUAUUUCAUUUGAAUAAUAGAAGUGGUGAGAUAAGUGUGCAGAACCCUGAUAAACUAGACUACGAGACUGUGUCCAAAAUACGCCUGAUUGUGAUGGCCAAGAAGGGCAGUGAACGAGCUUAUGCCUCGGUGAACAUAGCUGUCAUUGAUAAAAAUGACCAUCCACCUGUGUUCACCCAACAACACUAUGUCUCGUACGUCUGGGAGAAUGAUAAGCGGAAUACUCUCAUUACAAAGGUGGUUGCCAGUGACAGUGAUGCGGGUCGUAACAGUCAGAUAAGAUACAGCAUUAUAAGUGGGGACAAAGACGGUGUGUUCCACAUCAAUCGAUCAACUGGUGUAAUUACAACCACCAGUCCUUCACUGGACCGUGAGAUCUAUUCCUCUUACCAAUUGAAAAUUGAAGCAGAUGAUAAUGGCCGCAACUACAUGUCUUCUACUUGUAUCGUACAGAUCACCGUCGUAGACAAGAAUGAUAAUACUCCGGUGUUGCCCAGGCUUAAGCCUCUUAGUAUUCCAGAAGACACAGUGGUUGGAUCAACAAUCUCCAUGGUGACAGCGAACGUGGCUGAUUUGAACCCCAAUCUCAGCUACAACAUCACCUCCACUGAUGGAAUGUUCAAUGUCGACCACCUCACCGGAGAGGUGACCCUAGCAAAACCCCUUGACUACAAUAAACAGAAAACUUAUAACUCUUAUGUCAUUGUGAAGAACGAUGUAAGCAACGCAACUGUGAAGCUUCAAAUAAAUGUAUUAGACACAAAUAACCAUGCCCCGGAGUUUAGUGAGAGCAGUUACCAAGUAUCGGUCAAAGAGAACGCUUACGUUGGCAAACCCAUCUUUACUGUUACUGCUCGCGAUUCGGAUUCAGGAAAGAACGCAGAUAUUACUUACAAGAUGGAUGUCCAGGUUCCAGAGUUCUACAUUAAUCCUAAAACUGGAACCAUUCACGUGAACAAGACGCUGACUUACAACCCUAACAAAUCAUUUAUCCAACUUGUCGUCGUCGCCGAAGAUGGUGGCACGCCACGGCUGUCAACCGUUGUCGGUAUUUACGUGCAAAUCUUUCCUGUCUACAACACCAUUCCUAGCUUUCCUCAACUCACUUACAGGCACAAUGUCAAGGAAAAUAUUAGCCGUGGUACUGUUCUACUUGAUGUGAAACUACCAAAGUCAACGAGUCUCACACAGAACAGGAUCUUCUAUAAAAUUGUCCAAAGUGAAAUGCAAAACGUCUUCUCUAUCGGUCGGCGUUCAGGUGAGAUUGUUCUCAACAGUAUGCUUGACCGAGAGAAAAUUGAUGACUACAGCUUUACAGUAAUGGCAAUGAGUGGUCACCAAUCAUCCACAGUGAAUGUCGACAUUCUUGUCGACGACAUCAACGACCAACGUCCAGUUUUUGACCAAGCAAUCUAUCAUGUCGUGUUGAAUGAAUCGUUCCUCAGCAAUGUCAGCUUUUGCCGAGUCCAUGCAUCCGAUGGGGAUGUUGGCAACAAUGGCAGAGUUGGUUAUGCAAUUACCUCUGGUAACGAUAACGGACUAUUCCGAAUAAACCGAGAAUCCGGUAGGAUAUUUAUCACUGCCGGACGUCACUUAGAUUAUGAAACGCAAACCAGUCACAAACUUGUUGUGAGGGCCAUUGACUGUGUCGGCUGUGAGGUAGGCGAAAGUCGUCUGAUGACCUUUACGUCAGUCGUGAUAAACGUGACAGAUGUCAAUGAAUCUUCCCCCCAUUUUCCACUUCAAAGUUAUAUUGAAUUUAUUGCCGAAAAUGAACCAGUCACCACUCGUAUAUUCCAAGCUCAUGCAAACGAUGAAGAUAAAUACGAGAAAAUGAGCUACCACAUCUUCAACAAUGAUUACAGCUACUUCUACAUUGAUAAAGAGAGUGGCUGGGUUCACAGCUCAGUGAUCUUUGACUAUGAAUCACGUACACAGUACACAUUCCAGCUGUUAGCCAACGACAGUAAUGGACAGAACACGACAAUUAAAGUUACAGUGAAUAUUUUGAGUGUAGAUGAGUAUACGCCUAAGUUUAAGAAGAAGUUGUACUCAUUCGAAAUCCGUGGUGAUGCGGAUGUCGGUGACUAUGUAGGUGAAGUCAACGCCACCGAUGAGGACAAAGGGGAAGAUGGACGCAUAUUCUUCCAGCUUGGUGAUCCAGCAAGCCCAUUUAUGAUCUCACCAGUAAACGGUAGCAUCUAUGUACGAGAGAACUUACGUGGAAUUCGAAGUGGACAUCAGUCUGCUAGUCGACGAAAGAGGGACACAAAAGAAACAGAAUCAAAUGAGAAAUAUGAGGAUGUGUCUUUGGUCAUUCUAGCUGGAUCAGGGAAAUCGAAUUCCAAAACAACGAGCACGAAAGUGAAUGUAAAAAUUGACCGUGGUUGUAUUGGAUGUAAUAAAUUAAAAGUAUUCAAUCCGGAACCAAGCAGUAAGAAACUGGUGAUUAUAAUUGUUGCCGUAUUAGUCAGUCUCAUCAUCAUCAGUGUCUGCAUUCUGUUGUUCUUGCUUUUUCGGCGUCGGUAUCGCAAACGAAAACCGCGAAGCGCACCACCAGCUUUUAAUACUGCAUUUGAGGUACCUCCACCUGUUGCUCCGAGGCACACUGGACCUCCCUCCUACCAAGAAGUCGUUCACUGCAAUGGGCAUUCUGUGAACAUUGCUCGGUCCGAGGUGCUUUCUGAUAGGUCAGGUAACUCAACAUCUAGUGGGCGUGGUUCUGCAGAGGAAGAAGAAGAGGAUGAAGAGAUUCGUAUGAUCAACUCCAACACCUGCAUUCAGUCACAAACAUUGUCAAGGAAGAGCAAGAUGCCUGACUCUGGCAUCCAGCAAGAUGACGACAGCUGUUCCGAACCUCCAGUUCAGAACCAUCAAGAGUAUUUUGCCCGCCUAGGUAUCGAUACCGCACGGAUACAGGCCAAGGCAAAAGCUGCUGCAGUCGCACCUUCUGUGGACAGUAUCCGCCACUACCAAGAUGAAGGUGGCGGAGAAAGUAACAAUGUUGACAAUUUUGUGUAUGAAAAGCUAGGAGACAUUGAGACAGACGAUGAGUUAUCUAUUAUAGAGAACUCAAGAGAUCAAGGGUUUCAUGAUGCAGAACCCCACCAGGUGGCGUCGUUAUCUAGUGUAGUGAACAGCGAAGAAGAAUACAGUGGUUCCUAUAAUUGGGAUUAUUUGCUUGAUUGGGGUCCACAAUAUAUGCCACUGGCUGAUGUUUUUGCUGAAAUAGCUCAGCUAAAAGAUGAAGAAAAUUCAAACUUUAAACCCAAAAAACAGCCAGUUCACAUGGUCCCUCAAAGAUUUGUAAAUAGCACAUUGAAUGCUAACAUUCGGACUGUACCACCUCCUAUAAUUACAGAUGCACCCCCCAGAAUGUAUAAGCAAGGUUCAAAGCACUCUAGUCACACAGUAGCUCCAGGAGGCCCCAUGAUCCCUUCAUCAAGGACUAAUGCUCCUCUCCCACCGUUGCCUCGGUCACCAAUCACCCACGAGUCCUUUUUCCCAUCCCCUGCAUUGACUCCUUCAUUUUCACCCUCUCUGUCGCCAUUGGCAACAAAAUGUCCAUCCCUAUCUCCUGUUGUUAGCUCCCGUGGAGCUUCAAGUUCUGGACACAGCUCUGCUCCAAACAUGCCGGGCCGUGCACAUGCAAUAGUCAAACAAAGUCAGACUGGUUACAUAGCUUCACCAGAUUCAGAACAAGAGAUUAGAAUAUGAAAAAAAAAAUGGUUUUUAAAAAGACAAUUUCUUAUUUUUUGUUCAAAUUUUUUUUCUUCCACCACUCGGUUCUGUUAUUUCUCCAAAUGCCUUGUAAUUCUGAUUCUACAGGUCAGCCAGCAGGACAUCACAAUUCACAUUGUCUAGUUCUAGAGAACAGGCAGACAGACAGACAGAGUAAAAGAAAAGAACUUUGGUGGAUAUGGUCUGCAACUCACAAUUGUCUAAAUCUAGAUGUAGCAGACAGUAGUGGGAACUGGCUAGAUAAAAAUGCAUCCAGCCCCACACAAAUUUAACUACUACUACUAAUAAUAAUAAUAAUGAUACAACAACUAUUAUUACAAGUGAAGAGGUAGACAUAGGCACGUGUUUACAGGCUUGCAUUGUCAAAUGUCCCUCUAAAACUUUAGGCUCAAUUCUCACAUCGCUGCCAAACCAAAUGGGGGAGAAAAAAAAACAUAUAUAUAUAUGAAUAAAUAAAUAAAUAUAAAAUAAAAUAAAGUGUUUGCUCUGCUCUUAAAAAAAAAAAAGCCUGAUCUAAUACUCCAUUUGAAUUCUGAUUAUUCUUGGUUAGAAAUAAAUAUAAAAAAAAAAAUUGAAUUUAUUUUUGCACAGCUUCCAUCCAUAUAGAGAGAGAACCUCACAAAUCCACUUCCAUCAAUCUCUGCAUUCUACAAAUAUUUUUGUCUUGGAACUAUAUAUGUCAAAAAAACAAAAAAAAAACAACAAA